AUGGCGAUCGAAAUGGACCUGUUCCGCUCGGAGGAGAUGGAACUGGUCCAACUGAUCAUCCCCGCGGAAGCCGCGCACGACACGGUGCAAACUUUAGGUUCGGUUGGUUUAGUCGCGUUUCGAGAUUUGAAUAAAGAUAAAUCGGCGUUUCAGAAAACGUACGCGAAUCAGGUGAAACGGUGCGACGAGAUGCUGAGGAAGUUAAGGUUUUUUACCGAGCACAUGAAUAAAGCGGGGAUUACGAUACGGAAAGAGAUUGGUGAUGGUAGUGGUGGUGGUUACGGUGGGAGGUUUAACAGUAACGAGGAGGAGACAGACGGAUACGGACGAGAGAACAACAACAACAACAGAGUCAUUUCGAUCGACGAGCUCGAACACACGCUGGACGUGUUAUCGGAAGAAGUCUCUCAGUUAUCCGCCAACACGGAAAAGCUGAGACGAUCGCACGGAGAGCUGGUGGAAUUGCAGUUGGUUUUAGAGAAAGCGGGCGGGUUUUUCGAGGAAGCGCGGUCGGACGCGAAUAGGCACCAGGACGAGGAAGAUUCGUUGAGGAUGAUGCGAAGGGAAAACGCGCGACAGGACGAGGAGAGUUUGUUGUCGAGUUCGUUUCGAAGCGAAAUCGAUGACGAAGGAUUAGGAAACGGGGGGUCGCCGUCGCGAAUGACUCGACGAACUGGGUCGUUUAUCGAUCAAAAUCAUCCGGAUCACGACGUUGAGAGGAACGACGCUUCCAUGGGCGGCGUCGCGGCGAGCGCGAGGUUGGGAUUUAUUACCGGAACGAUCAACACGGAGAAAGUGCACGCGUUCGAGCGCGUUUUGUUUCGCGCGACGAGAGGAAACGUGUUUUUGAAGUUGGCGAACAUCGACGGGCACGUGGAAGAGCCGACGACGGGGGAGAAGACGUUUAAGACGGUGUACGUGGUUUUUUUCGCCGGCGAGAGGGCGAGGAAUAAGAUUGUGAAAAUUUGCGAAGGGUUCAACGCGAACAGGUACCCGUUUCCGGAAGACUUCACGAGACAGAGGCAAAUGAACGCGGAGUGUUCGGGGAGAUUGGUCGAGUUACGGUCGACGUUAGAGGCGAGCAUACGACACAGAGAUCGAACGUUGAGUAAAGUCGCGAAAGAUUUGUGGUUCUGGUUUACCCUGGUGAGAAGAGAGAAGGCGACGUAUCACGCGAUGAACAUGUUUUCGAUCGACGUGACGAGGAAAUGUUUAGUCGCCGAAGGGUGGUGUCCAACUUCUGCGAAGAGCAGAGUCUCGGAGGCAGUGGUAAUAGCCAAUCGAAACUCGUCGGCAUCCGUCGGAACGAUUUUCGCGUCCAUCUCGCACAAAGGUCAAACGCCACCGACGUACUACCGCACCACAAAGUGGACGAACGUGUUUCAACAAAUCGUCGAAGCGUACGGGGUUGCGAGAUAUCGCGAAGUGAACCCGACGGUUAUGACGAUCGUAACGUUUCCAUUUCUGUUCGCGGUUAUGUUUGGCGAUUUCGGCCACGGUAUUAUAAUGCUCGCGUUUGCAAUCUACAUGGUCCUUAAGGAAAGACAAAUCUCGGAAAAACCAAUGGGCGAAAUCUUCUCGAUGGUAUUUCACGCGCGGUAUUGUAUUUUGGUAAUGGCGGCGUUUUCCGUGUAUACGGGCGUUCUGUAUAACGAGUGCUUUUCUGUGCCGAUGAAAAUAUUCGGCGCUUCGAAGUACGUAUGCGACCCGAUCGAUCCGACGAAAGAUACCACGUGCGAUUCACAAUACACCACUGGUUUAGUCUCGCGAGAUGAUUCCGCGUAUCCGUUUGGUGUCGACCCGGUUUGGCACGGAACUCGGUCAGAACUUCCGUUUUUGAAUUCUCUGAAGAUGAAAAUGUCCAUCUUGUUAGGCGUGACGCAAAUGAUGGUUGGGAUUUUCAUGUCGCUUUUGAAUCAAUUGAAAGACGGUGAUUGGCUGUCCGUGUAUUGCGAAUUUAUCCCUCAAGUUGUCUUCUUGGGCGGAUUAUUUGGAUACCUUUCGUUCCUGAUCGUUUUGAAAUGGAUUACCCCCGGGUGUACCGCGGAUUUGUACCACGUAAUGAUUUACAUGUUCUUAGCGCCCGGCAACGUCGAUUGCAUGGGCGAAGGACCAGGAGGAAGCGCCGGGUGCCCUGAGAACAAAAUGUUCCCAGGCCAAGGCGGAUUGCAGUUGUUGAUUUUGUUUGGUUGUUUCGUCGCGGUGCCGGUCAUGCUGUUCCCGAAACCAAUCAUUUUAAAAAGACGACACGAACAAAAAAACCGAGGCGGCACGUACGUUCGUUUGGACGAAAACGACGGCGACGGCAUGCAACAAUUGAACAGCUCGGAAGAGUUAAGAUCCCUCGGUGGAAACAGCAGUAAUAAUAACAACAGUAGCGGCGACGACCACGGUCAUGGCGAUGGAGAGUUUGAUUUUGGAGACGUUUUAGUCCACCAAAUGAUCCACACGAUUGAAUUCGUCCUAGGCGCAAUUUCCAACACGGCGAGUUAUUUGCGUCUUUGGGCGCUUUCCUUAGCGCACGCGCAACUCUCUGCGGUUUUUUGGGAUCGAUGUCUCAUGGCAGCAGUUGAGAGUGGAUCCAUAGUUGCCAUCGUCAUUGGAUUUGGCGUGUGGUUAGGCGCGACGUUAGGCGUCUUGUUAGGUAUGGAGAGUUUGAGCGCGUUUUUGCACGCCUUACGUUUGCACUGGGUGGAAUACCAAAACAAAUUCUACAAAGGCGACGGUAUAAAGUUUACCCCGUUAGAGUUCACGUCGUUGACGGGAAUGCCAGAGGAGGCGAGCUAA